GCUAAUGAGCAAAGUGACGAGGUCACCGAGUGAAACUGAAGAUACCUGUGAAACAGAGGAUGACCUGACGGACGGUGACCUGGGGUACGGCCUCGGAAGAAGACCCGAAGUUUCGUGUUCGAGCACAUCUAAGAAAAGGUCAGCUGGAAAGAACCUGAGCCCUCCUCCAUGUCCAAGAAAUGGGGAAGAAAGAAGUGAAACCAUUUUUCAGUAUUCCAGGAACAAGGGCUUGCGGGAUAUGUGCGCGCAGGGAUGCAGAGCGCCCAGCUACAGACGGCAGAGCAGUGCUGAUUCUAACUCUGAAUUGUCAAAUGAACAAUUAAGGCAACAUCUUCAUGAAACUUUAGAGGAAGUAGAGAUUUUAAAAACUGAACUUGAAGCAUCUCAAAGACAACUUGAAGGGAAAGAGGAAGCAUUGAAGAUCCUUCAGAGCAUGGCAGUGCUUGACAAAGCCACAAGUCACACACAGACAGUGCUACAAAAAACCAUAGAACAAAAGAGAUCGUUGGAGAAGGAAAUAAAUGCCUUGCAGUGGGAAAUGGAAUUUGAUCAGGAUAGAUUUAAAAAUACAGAAGAAUCUUGGAUCCAAAAGUAUGACAGACUAAACUGUGACAAUGCAGUCCUCAGAGAGAAUCUGAAGGUGAAAACAGAAGAAAUUAAAAUUCUUAAGUCUGAAAAUGCUGUUCUGAACCAGCGGUAUUUGGAGGCCCUCGCCAUGCUUGAUAUCAAACAGCAGAAGAUGGCUCAGGAAGACAUUGGGCAGGAGGGCAGUGGCUUUACAGAGGUAUCAGGUCUCGAGCUUGCAGUCCUCGGAGCCUGCCUGUGUCUCGGGCCUGGAGGGAGCCCCUGUGUUUGUGCCAAAAUGGCAGCAUCCACUCGGAAACUGGUUCUUCAGCUCAGACAAGAGUUGGAAAUUCUGCAGAAAAGUAAGGAAGAGGCUCACAUAAUGGCAGAUGCAUUCAGAAUCGCCUUUGAGCAACAACUAAUGAGGAAACACGAGCAGACACUGAGACUGGCGCACGUGGAUAUGUGUAGAAAAGCAGCCACACGGGUAGACAGGCAACGCCCGAAAGAGGAUGGAUAUGCAUCACGAAGGACAAAGAAGACCUUAGGGCAGAGGCUGCUGGGGAUACUCCCUUCAGAAAACAGUUCCAAGAAGGCUGAAGACCAAGACAAGACACAAGAAGUCGUCAAGAUGCUAAUAGACUUGUUGAAUGACAAAGAAGAAGCAUUGGCUCAUCAAAGAAAGGUCAGUUACAUGCUUGCUCGGGCCCUGGAAGAUAAAGACACCGCAGCAAAGACUAAAGACAAAAUCCCCAGGGACCAGAAUUCCCCAUCCAUAAGCACCUGGCAGGAAGCUUCAGAACACUGUGUUUUGCAUGACCCAACACACUCAAAUGUCCAUGUUUCUGAUCCCGUGGGUUGCGUUUGUUCAGUCCAGCAUCCCCAGGGAGAUUCAGACUGCAGAACUCUUAAAAGAUCCUGUUCUUUGCCAUCGACUAUACUUCAAAAACAAACCAGAUGAAAUCAGAAUUAGAGCUGCUAAAAAUCAGAUUUUGGAGUUGGAAAUGUGUCUCAGAGGAGGACACUUGGUCAGUGUGCAUAGGCCUUGGGUUUAGCACAUGGUGGUACACACAUUUAAUCCCAGCACUUGGAAAGCAGAGACAGACAGUAGAUCUCCGACUUUGAGAACAGCCUUGUCUACAGAGCCUGUUCCAGGACAAGGGCUACCCAAAGGAACCAUGUCUUGAAAAAUCAAAACAAAACAAAAAAGGCCUUGGGUUUGAUGUUCAGCAUUGCAAAGACUUUGAGAAAGAACACAAGAGGAUCAUACUUCUAAAUCCUAGCAUUUGGGAGCCUUAGACAAAAAGACUGCUAUGAAUUUGACUAGAUUACAGUAAGACUAUUGCCAAUGUUGAUAAUAUUAAGAAGCUGUAUGCUUUCUAGAUGUUUUUAAAAUGUGUUAACACGGUGAUUUACAAAGUAUUACGUUCGUCGUGAUAUCUGAAUACAUGGAUUAACAAUGUAUGUGUUUUGAACACAUCCCCCUCUUUAAUUUUAGGAUGCAGCUUAAGUAAUCAAACCUUUAACACAUGUUCAAUAAGAAAUGUAUUAUAUAAGUAUUGUAUAAGAAAUGCAUUGUGUGGGCAUUUUAUUUAUAAAAUACUUUUCCAUA